UGCCCAAGAGCCAUGGCAAAGAAUGGACUUAUAGUUUGCAUCCUGGUUGUCACCUUGCUCCUGGAUCAGACCACCAGCCACACAUCUAAAUUAAAAGCCAGGAAGCACAGCAAACGCCGAGCGAAAGAUGAUGGAGACCUGAAGACCCAAGUUGAAAAGCUCUGGAGAGAAGUCAAUGCCCUGAAGGAAAUUCAGGCCUUGCAGACAGUCUGUCUCCGAGGCACGAAAGUUCAAAAGAAAUGCUACCUUGCUUCAGACGGCUUGAAGAAUUUCCACGAAGCCAAUGAAGACUGCAUCUCCAAGGGAGGGACCUUGGUAGUCCCCAGAAACUCGGACGAAAUCAGUUCCCUCCUAGACUACGGUAAGAAGAGCCUGCCCGGUGUCAAUGACUUCUGGUUGGGUAUCAACGACAUGGCCGCCGAAGGCAAGUUUCGUGAUGUCAAUGGAAUUGCCAUCUCCUUCCUGAACUGGGACCGUGCUCAGCCUAAUGGUGGCAAACGGGAAAAUUGUGUCCUGUUCUCCCAGUCAGCUCAGGGCAAGUGGAAUGUGGAGGUCUGCGGUAGCAGCAAGAGAUACAUAUGCGAGUUUAUUAUCCCUUAAUAGGCCGUUUUCAAGUGUGUCUUCCAAGCAAGAUUGGUCAUGUUUUAUAGGCUGAUGGUCCCCAAGACGAAUUCAAAAUUGUAACACGGGAGUCUGAGUCCACAGGAGUGUAACAGAGUCUGCCACUUUUUGUUGUGAUUUUGCCAUCCGUGGAAUAUAGGGGAGCAGAAAAUAACUAUCUGACCAUGUGUACAUCGUUAAAAUGGCUUCUGCAAAAUAGGUAAUCGAAUUCCUUUCUUUCCUAGGACCUCUCCCUUGUGUAGACCCAGCCUGUUUUCAAAAUGCAGUAGCCAUGCAUCUCUUCAAUCCAGAAAAGCAAGCUUAGGCUACCCGAAAAAGUAUCUCUUGAAAGUUUAGUGUAUAUUUUAUUUGAUUGUUGAGAAUUUCUGAAGUUGGAGAUUUCUUGGUGCUAUUUAAUCCAAUAGCUUUUCAGUUUGAUGCCCAAACUGUUCAAUCCUGGCAAUAAUGCCUCAUUAGCCCAUUACCCUUUCUUUAUAUCUGCACUGCCCAUUGCCCUUCGAUUUGCUGAAGCUCCUGAAACGGCUUGUAACUUGCCUGCCACAUCAGAAUGUGACUAUCCCAGAGAAAGUCCUGAUUUAAAUCUGUUUCCCUCAAGCUUCCCUCCUGCUGUUUUUAAUCCCUCUUCCUCCU